AUGGAAACCACUCUUUCAACAUUUCCCACUGAUGAUAUGGAUCUGAUGAGUCCAUUUUAUCCUUCCCUGAAUGACAUCAAUCAAGACGGCAUGAAUGACAAUAUGCCGUUACUCUCAUUCGAUGAUAUAGAGUCCGCUACUAUGUACAAGGCGCUUCGCAACCAAGAACAAGAACUCGACACUGGACUUCGUCAUGGCAACAAUAUUGCUGAAGAGCCAACAACAGUUGCGCCGCUUGCAACACUGCUUUCGUUUGAUCCCAGUUCUUCUGACAGCACCACUCUUAGUCCAGUGACAACUGAGACAACCCUGGGGAACAAAGAGCCUGUGACCAUCUUUACUCCACCAACUCCUAUCAGUAACUCGCCCACUCUCCAGCCAGCUGCCAUCGAACCACCUGCACCAGUAUCAGUGGAUGUGAACCAACAGAACCAACAACAAGAGCCGCGUGUACAAAUCACUCCAGCCAUGCUCGAUAUGGUAGCUCGACAUAUCCAUACAGAAUGGAUCGACCUGAAUGGUUCUCGUUCUUCAAGCACUGAAAUUCCGGAUCCUACGCCGAUUACUAUGGACUCCCAUCCAGUGGAACAUCCUCGUCAAGUUCCAACGUGUCACCCAAUGCAUUACCAUGGACAUAGGCCAAUCCAAUACCCGAUGGAAUCCAGUCAUUUCUGUCCGCAUCACAUGUUCUGCCCACACAUGGGGCAUCCCUUGCCCCAAACAUACCCUCUUCCAUCACCGGCUCCUCGACAGCCACCUGUAUCGAACAAACGAACAUUCGAAUUCGUUGAGCCAGAGGUACCCGAGAAUUUCGUGGCCAACCCGAAUAAUCAUGGCCGUUGGCAAUACGACAGGAGCGGCAACCGGCACUACCUAAACGCGCCAAAGACGAAGGUGCCUGGUGCAAAGUGA